AUGGAAUAUCGGCAUAAAGGAUUACGAGCUAGAAGAAUUCUUAAAAUGGUUGAGGGAAGGGAAAGUGGGUCUGAAGAUAAUAAUGAUGUUGAAAUGCCUGAUAUUCUUCCAUUUGACGGCAUAGCAACAAAAGUUUUAAUUGAUGUACCGACUACAUCUUACGGUGAACAAGGUGACAAUGUACAGGAACCAUCUUUAGAUAUAUGUGAAUUACAAACAGUAAACCUAACUCGUGAAAAUUCUACUGAAAAUGAAAUGCUAUCCAGUUCAGGUGCAGAUUAUAUUGACAUUAUUAAUCACCAGCUUAUAAGAACACCAACAUCAGUAUCAAACCUUUCUUUUAUAUUAGACAAUGUUGAUUUUGUUGCUUCGCCAGAUGGGUAUAUUAUUCAUGCCAAUAAAAGUAAAUCGAAUACGCCGACUCUAUUUGAUUGCACAAUACAGGAAGAUAAUACUAUUUUAGACUCAGAUGAUAGAAACCUCGAUGAAACAUUAGUUCCCAUUGAGAAUAAUAAUAAAGGUUCUGUACAUAGCAUAAUCGAUGUAAAAAAUGUCAAUAUUGAUAUAAAUAAGACUUUAACGCCUCAAAAUAGAUCUAAUUUAAGCCCCAACGAGAUGGUUACAAUUAUAAAUAGCGAUAAAAGCCCAAGGCAACAAGGUAUAGUGGAGAAUGAAGAUUCUGUAACAUUACAAGUAUUAGGUACAUCUGAAUCAGUAUCACUCACUACAAUUUCAGUAUCAGGGUCACUGCCAAGCAGUUCUAUUGAACCUACUGAUGACGACGAUAACUCUCUCUCUAUCACAAACGACUUAGCCCGUAAGCGACGCCGAAAUGAAAAAGAAUGGAUAGCCAAUAAAUCUAAAACUUUAAAAAACUCUGGAAAAGCCUAUGUUGGAUGUCAUUCUAAAAAGCAGUUCCUUGCAAAAUCGGUAGGACCUUCUUGUAAAUGCAAAUUGAAAUGUGGUGAAACGUUUUCCUAUAAUAAAAGGAAUGCCAUUUUGGAGACAUUUUAUAAAUUAGGUGACCAUGAGUUGCAAUGGCAAUUUAUAACUAAAUACAUUAUGUCAGAUUCUGUCAAAAAACUUCAAGUUGUUCGAAAUAAAAACCGAACUCAAACUAUAAGUUAUUAUUUGCCAUCAGAGAAUAAUAAAGUCCGUGUAUGUAAAGUAUUUUUCCUAAAUACUUUACGAAUAUCCGAACAAAUGGUUUACACUGCUAUAGAAAAAUACAAUAGUGAUUCUGACAAAACUGACUAUAGAGGUAAACAUAACAAUCGACCACGCAAAAUGUCAGUUCCAACAGAAGAAAGCAUCAUAUCACACAUAAAAUUAUUUCCAGUAAAAGAAGCACACUAUGUUAGAAAAUCUUCCAAAAGAAAGUAUUUAUGCGAAACUUUGAAUAUAUCAAAAAUGUACCGUUUAUACACAGAUUGGUUCAAAGAACAGACAGUUAUGAAUGCUAAACAAACUGGUGAAAAAUACAAAGUCAAGGAAAUGAGACAAGACAAUUUUUAUGACAUAAAAUCAUUGAUUACUGGACAAAAUUGGCUAAAUGAUGCAAAAGGUAACAAAAUAUAUUGGUCAAAGAUCAAAGAAAUAAAAGUUGCCCAUACACAUCCACAAUCUGUUUACUUUAAAUAUGAUUAUGAUGACGACUAUAUUGAAAUGAAUAUAAGGUCAACUACAACUAAAAAUACUAGAAAACGAAAAUCUGCCUCUACCGCAGCAACUUCGUCUAUCGCUGAUGACGUGACAUUGCAGCCAGCUUAUAACGGUCCAGUUCCAAUUUCUAAAGCUCUACACGAAGACCUAUCAAGUCUUUGUAGGAUUAACGCCAUACCUCUCCAUUAUCACAGUUUUUACAAAUCUCUGAUAAGCACAAAUAAUACUGAAGCCGUUUUAGGUGAGGAUGACUGUGACAGUGAGAGCAAUGAAACAGAC